AUGGCCACCGUGCUGCCUCACACUCCUGUGGAUGUGAACGGCUUUCCCAGCGUCAUCUUCAUUGGUCCACAGAAAUUCGAUGCAAAGCACCUAGGUACUCUUUUUCAGGUCUGCAGGCAUAAGAUAUGGAGCUUUUUAGUGUGGUUGCACCAUCACAACACCCUGUAUGCUAAUAUCCCCCUAGACUCCUCCCUGAUGGAUUUGUACCCAGUCGAUGGCCCUAUGCCUGGUUUGUCAGAGUGCGUUGUUGAAGAUAGCGAGCUUAACGCGGACACUGUGUUUGAAGACGAGAGUGCUAGAUUCAGUGAACACCCUGCUGCUAUGUUUACAGACCCUAGUGAUCAGGGGCAUGAAGACAGCUCAAUAAUGGUGGAGAAAAUGGGUGUGGCCGAUCCUGAAAGCGACAAAGUCAGUGGGCAUCAUUUUGUAGCCUCUGCGAUCCGCAAUCUCCUCCCGAAGAAUGUGAAAACUGGAGAACCUGACCUGAUCCUUCAUCACUCGGUGCAUGCUGUUCCCAAGUAUGACAACCCUUCGUUUUUCCCAGGCCUUUACCCAACUCUCUUCCCAUACGGAAUUGGUGGAUUUAAGAUCAAGGCUUGCCCAAGUCCACUUUCCCUCAAAAGGCAAGCAAAGUACUUCUUGUCAAUAUCUGAUCGUGCCUUUCAGUACAAUAAUAGUUUCAUCUUUGUGGUGUUAAAUAUCUUACAGUGGCGGCAAGCUCAUCUUCAAACGUCUUUCACAGUCGGAAAGGCACAUUUUGACACCAUGGCUUGCAAACUUACUAGUGUGACCCCCACUCUGCUGGAGCGACUAGCACACAAAAUUGAGCACAAACAUAAGAUUGUGAAUCCGACCUCUGAGGAGUGUGAUGCCCUUCAACUUUUGGAUCAGGUCAACACCAUGUCUGCCCAAAUUCCAGGGUCACAAGCUUCCAAGACCUUUGUGCACAAUGAGAUAUGUAAUUACUAUGGAUAUUUUGGCUUGCCACAAUUGUUCUUCACAUUCAAUCCUAGCCCUGCACACAGUCUGAUCUUUCAAGUCAUGUGUGGGGACAAGACUGUUGAUCUCAGCGCACACUUUCCUAUUAUGCCUGGCGGCUGA